GACUCAAUGGACCCGUGUAUACCAUCGCAUACAACGAACAAAACGGAACGAUUUAUUUCGGAGGAAGAUUCACUGCCACGGGGGAUGGUUCCUUUGGAGUGUCGAACAACACACAACCAAUUAAUAUAAAGAAUGCCACGGUCAUAUGCGGCGGCGAUCUUGAUGGUCCGAGCAAUACAUGGUUGUUGCAGGAUAAUAUGCCCGGGUUCUGGAGAGUGGCGUUCAAUACUAGUUUGUCGCCCACGGCGAUCUCCAUUAGAAACACUAAUUACCAAGGGAGAGGGACCAAAUCUUUCAGAUUAGUGUCUUCGCCCGAUCAAAGCGUCUUGACACUGGUCUAUGCUAACGCUACAACCGGAGAGAUAACAAAUUGUUCGAAUAUCUGUACCUUGGAUCCAAAUAAUCAGGUCUUCCAAAUUUAUUAUUUCAAUCAACCCGUGAAUUUAACCGGAUUCGAAAUUGACAUACUGGAAUGGUACGGUGAGGGAGGUGGACUUCACGGCAUUCAACUAUUUCAAACCGGCAAGUCAUUUCAUUUGAUGCAUGUUGAACACGAAUCAAUCUUUUCGCAACUCCCUAAUAAUUAUGCAUGCUAUGAUUCCUUUGAAAUCAUCAGAUAUCGUUCAGUAAAAACUGUGGGAAACUGGACUUCCCGGUUAUUGUCCGGAAUAUGGGAAUAUGUGAUGAUGACCACCAUUCCUUCGUCACAACUCACAAGCUCCACCGCGGAACUGACCCUGAUUCCAUACAUUCCUGAAUCCGGCUACUAUAACGUUACCCUCUUCACUCCCAGCUGUUUACCCAUCGGUUGUUCUUCCACCACAUCCAUCGAUGUCAAGCUAAUCGUGAUGCCCAAUGUGUCCAUCACCUUCACCAUAACGGAGAAUUAUACAGAGGAGUAUCAUGAAGAUGCCAUUUAUAGCGGGUUCGUAGUUGCCACCUCCGCCGCCUUUCAGCCGCGGGUCGAGAUCACCGUGUCCAAAACGGCAAAACCACCUGCGGAUGGUGGUGACGCCGUGAUAUACGUUGACCGCGUGUUAUUCAAACCCACCAACAUCAGUAAUAAUUCCCUGAGCGGUCUACUCCAGUACACGCCGGCAUCAUCAGGUGUGCAAGCCUCAUGGUACGGACUUCACGGAAAAUUGGCACCCGGGGCAAACGUAUCAGACAUAGCGGUCAUAUCAUCUUCGGAGAUCAUUAUAGGCGGUAAAUUUGAAAACGAGACAUUCUCCAACAUCGUUCAAUAUGAUGGGUCCAGCUUCACCUCUCUCCCCAGCGGAGGUCUCAAUGGGCAAGUCAAUGUAGUGCUUCAAGUGGGUAAUGACUUGAUGGUCGGCGGAUUGUUCAAUAGCACGGCAAGCAAUGAUGCCACCGGAUUCAACAACCUCGCAAUAUAUAACAUUGAAAAAAGGUCGUGGCGCGCAGCGGGUGAAGGCGUGAACGGCGAAGUGACACGUCUGGCCCCGGUGAAUGAGUUUAAUUCGAGCAGAGUUCAUGUUGUCGGUAGAUUUAAUACAUUGAUAUCGCAACAGGCUGUCGCCCAGAAUGCAACCUUCGGGAAUGUCACAUUUGGCCACGCGGUAUGGGACGACAGCAUCGAAAAUUGGGUCUCAACUGUUUUCGUGGAAGGUUUGGUAGGUGACGUGGUUCCUUACUCUCUGCCAAACAACCAAACUGUCAUAAGUUUCUGGGGUGGAAAUAUCAUUUCCGCACUUUCCUUUGAAGCAUUUAGCGGGAUUCUGAUAACGUCAUCCGGAAUUUCACCAUUGCCCAUAUAUCCUCAAUCCAAUGCUUCCGAGGUAAUCAUAAAUGCUGCAUGCACGGAUCCGACCCAAACGUAUCAGAUAAUCGGUGGAAAAUUUCAAUUUGACAAUUUAAAUAAUAUUGGAAUAUUGAAAAACAAUGCGUGGAAUGCGGUGUCGGUUGGUAAUGUGAUAGAGGUCAGAGCGCUCACGGUGUAUGAUAAUAUUUUGUAUGUUGGGAGUUCGGUUAAUUCGAGUAAGGAUCAGGCGUUCGCCGUCUUCACUCUUUCGGAUUUUAAAACGGUCAAUACACUACCAUUAUCUGCCAGCGAUAAUCAGAUUCGUGUGAACUCGAUAAAAAAUCGCGGUGGAACCGAUAACAUAGUGGUAGCGGGCAAAUUUGAUCAGGCCGGAUCUUUGUAUUGUGAAUCGGUCUGUCUGUGGAUUUCCGGUAAUCAACGAUGGAGUCCCCUUUCCAAUAAUAAUGUCUCGGGUGAGAUUUUGUCGAUUGAUUUCAUAGGGACAGACCAAAAUCAGAACAUACUGAUGGCUGCCGGAAAUUUAACAUUUGGUAAAACCCUCGUAUACCUAGCACAAUAUGAUUUCACAAAAUCCGUUUGGCAAGAAAUGGCGUCCCCUGGUAAUGGAAGCAAUCAACUCCCUGGCCCUGCGACCGUGGUGCUAAAUGAUUUUAAGAAAAACGGCCAAUUUUUCGUUGCCGGCUAUGGCAGGAGUGAUAAUGCAGUAUACCUGCGCAAGUGGGAUGGAAAUAAAUUUCGAGACAUAAGUCAAGGUCUUCUGAAAAAUUCAAUUAUCAGCCAAUUGUCGCUGGUACCGGCCGAAAGCCAACAUGGAUCGUCAGAUAUUCUCGACGCCAGCUGGCUGCUACUUAUAGCCGGCGACUUGGCGCUGACUUCAUAUGGCAACGUGAGCGCCGCAUUAUAUGAUGGCAGUACAUUGUACCCCUACUUGAUUUCCGCAGGAGGUGGAACACUGGGAAAGAUAUUCAGCAUUUUUGCGCCAAUCUCUCCAGGCUUUUUGAAUGGAAAGAACUUCUUGCCGGUACCAUUGGUAAUAUUGAUCUCCGUGUCAAUAUCGCUGGCCUUUAUAUUCAUACUCGUCGCAGCCGGAAUGUCGUUUAUGUACUUCAAACGACGGAGGGUAUCCAAAUCAAGGUCGA